GUCACGGACCGUGGGCUGUCCUAAGGCUAGGGUUGGGCCGGCGUCGGAGCCAUUACUGCCGGAAAGGGUCUCGCAGAGCUGAGCAGCCAAGAUGUGUGACUUCACCGAGGACCAGACCGCAGAAUUCAAGGAGGCUUUCCAGCUGUUUGACCGAACAGGUGAUGGCAAAAUCCUGUACAGCCAAUGUGGGGACGUGAUGAGGGCCCUGGGCCAGAACCCCACCAACGCUGAGGUGCUUAAGGUCCUGGGGAACCCCAAGAGCGACGAGAUGAACGUGAAGGUGCUGGACUUUGAGCACUUCCUGCCCAUGCUGCAGACUGUGGCCAAGAACAAGGACCAGGGAACUUACGAGGACUAUGUCGAAGGCCUCCGUGUGUUUGACAAGGAAGGGAAUGGUACCGUCAUGGGUGCUGAAAUCCGUCAUGUCCUUGUCACACUGGGUGAGAAGAUGACAGAGGAGGAAGUAGAGAUGCUAGUGGCAGGGCAUGAGGACAGCAAUGGUUGUAUUAAUUAUGAAGCAUUUGUCAGGCAUAUCCUGUCGGGGUGACGGGCCCAUGGGGCGGAGCUUGUCCGGAUGGUGCUGAAUGGCUGAGGACAUUCCUGUAUCCUGAGCCUGUGCCUUGUCCAGUGUGAGAUUUCUGGAUAGCACCAGAGGCUCCCUUAUCACAGCACCUUGCCCAUCUGGUCUCUUUUAGAUGAUGUUUGCCUUCACCAAAUAAAAUUUGCUCUUUGCCCUA